AGAUCAAUAUUGCCAGCCAGGGGGUGGAGGAGACGGCGAAUCUUCCGACGUUGUAGGGGGGUUGCCCGCCCCACAAAAUCAAAUCAACUCUAUAGGCAAAGCCUGUUGCUGCUGGUGAACACUUGCCAGCACGUAGUUGAAGUGAGUGUGUUUCCCUCCUCUCCAGCGUGUUGUUCUUCUCGGGAAUUAAAUAUAAAUAGACAUUGUCUACGGAUUUUGUGAAUUUUUUUUUUCAAAUUGGGGCGAGAGGGUGGGUGGAGUGAUGUGUCGGGGUCUGCAGGGACGAGAUUAUGGAUAGACUGGCUAAUUGGACGCACGCCACAAAUGGAACAUCAAUUCCCACUCAGAACUGUGUCGACUCCAGUAUUUUAUCACUGGACAAACUCCUCAUAGCUCCAUCACUGAAAUCGGUGAAUCAAGACCUGAGAUGGAUAUUUCCCCUCCACAGUUACGGCUUCGGCUGUCUCUUCUUCAUCCUCAGCUUCUACACACUUUUUUCAAUUUUGAAUCUCAGAUCUCUCAUCUCGAGUCGGCCGUUUAUGACAACUAUCAACGUCUUUCUGUGUUUGCUGGGUGUCUCAAGGUCCAGCUGCCUCUUCAUAGAUCCUUACAAUCUUCAACAGAAAAUGCCGAAGGUAAUUGGCUCAAUACUGUGGGACGUGGGUUUUCCCUGUGUGACCUCGGCGUUCUGCCUCAUCCAGCUAGCCUUCCUGCAGCUGACCCAGCUUAAAUUCGGACCAGAGAGGCUGCAGAAGGAGUCGUGCCUGAGUCUGAUCAUAACGUGCCACUUCUCCUGCAUAAUAGCCAGCGAUAUAGCCCUUGCAUUUCACAAUCACUUUAUAACAAAGUACAUCGUACAAACAAUUUUCCUCACCUGGAGUAUACUUCUGUACCUGACCUUCCUCCAUGCUGGAUACAAGAUCAUGCAUCUGCUGAGAACAUUGCCGAAUAAUUUACUGACGGGUGAUCAUUCUGUGGCUAAUCAGAAGGGAAUAAUGCAGUUGGCGAUGCUCGCGCCCUACAAUAAUCUAGCCACUUCUGUCGCAGCGGCCUUGGUGCCAACCUUGCUCAAUCCCAAAUACAAAACUGACGGCAAUGAGGCCGUCAAUGAAAACGAGGGCCAGAAAGGUGUCUCAUCAGCCCUGGAAGAGUGGCCAGAGUCUCCGGAGCUUUCGCCGAAAAAGUCGGAGGAGCCGGCUACGUCGACGGUUCCGGAGGUGUACGUAAGACCACCAACCCCAACCCCAGCGGCAGUUAAUCUUCCAAUAAUCACAGUAUCGAGCCCCAGCAGGCGAAGUUCAAUCGCCAGCAGUCGAAGGGGCAGCGAUGCCUCCAAAGGGUCACGCAGGGGCAGCGACACCUCAAAAGGCUCACGCAGGGGCUCCGAUUGCAGCGUCAGAUUCACUCACGACGGUGCCUCCCAGGGGGAGGGAAGCAGCAGACCUAUCACACCGGAGGGAAUACAAAGGCGAUAUUCGGACAUGCCAACGCCAACCGGGAGCAAUAAGGACCUGAGGAGAUGCUCUGAUUUUACUCACGAGAAGAACAGGAGCUCCCAAUUCGCCACCAAACUCAGACGAAACUCGGAUUUUGGAAAUAGAACACCCAAGAGGAUGAUCACCAGUGAGGCACCGAGACUGUCGAAGGUGCUGGAUGUCAGUCCUGUUGGAUCCCGCAGAAAUUCCGACAUCAGUGGUCUCGCCGCGGUGAAGGCGCCCGAGUCCCGCAGGAAUUCCGACGUCUCCUACCGUCGCAACUCGGAAUUUACCGGGAUAACGCCGCUGGUGAUAAAUCGCCGAAGCAGUGACGUGAGCAUUAGAACCCUCGACAAAAGUCCCACUCAUUUUCAGACGUCAAUUCCAAAAAUUGAGAUCCCAGAGAAAUCUGAAUCGGACUCCGAUCACCCGGAUUGCAACGAGAAGGCGGCGCUGAUGGCGAUUGACGAGGCCAAGGACAAGCCGGAGGAUGGCAAGCACAGGAAGAAGAGCUUGUCGUGGAAGAAUGUUGAGGUACUCAAGGGGGAGGAGGAUAUCACUGCUGCCAGCACUCUCCUCCCCGAGGGGGACAGAGUCGCCAGUGAUUUUACACUUCAUGCGAUUUUAAAUCACAUCGCUUACGUGAAUCGCACGAAAUCCGAUGUUCCACUUCACAUACCGGAAGCCAGUACCGCAGCCGCCAGGAAGUGCCAGAUCAAGAGAGUUCUUAACGUCACCUACGCUACUGCUAUCAUGGGGAUAAUUCUCUGCGUUGCUGAUAACGUCAGGGUUUUUGGGCCUUACGGUCUGCUGGGUGAAGCCCUGAGGUACGGAAAAUCCUCUGGUACCGUGGAAUACCCAAAGCCAUGGCCCUGGCUUAUCUACCAAACAAUUUGCCGCGCAUUGGAACUGAUUAUGGGAUGUGCAAUGGCCAGCAUAACAAAGCAACCCUCGGUGAGUCCUCGGCACCAGUACUUCAAUAAUUACCGCAGCUACAGCGCGGGCUUGAAGCCACAACCCUUCAUCUAAACCGAAGCAAUAUUUCUCCAAGGGAAAUCGACUGAAUCCGCCUCUCGUCAAAUUGGAUCAAUUACGCCAGGUUCCCAUUCAUUUUCACGUUCAAUUAUGAUUUCAGGAUUCAGUAGUGAAGUGACGAAAGUAGUUACGAAAAUUGCACAUUUUUUUUGUUCAUAAAAAUAAUCAAAUAUUAAUUAGUUAGAGGUAGUUAAAGCCGUCUCCUCUGUGAUAACCCAAUGGAGAAUUUUUCUAAUAGCUUCAAUUGAUUUUAAAUAAUUGCAAAAUAAAUGGGAUCCAUUAACUGCCUAGUUCGUCACUUUACUUCAGAAUUAUUGACGAGAUUAAUGAUUUUUAUGGUAAAUGUCCAUCGACCAUCGCAAUAACAAUCUUCCAAACUUGGGAACAUCAAUCGCUGUGAAAUUAAAGUUUCUAAUAGCCAUGUUUAAAUAUAAAACAGAAUAAUUCAUCCGAGAUUCUGUAGUAAAAUGAAAUAAGAGAGUAACAUCCAAAUAGUUUUUUAAAAUAAUGUCGAGGGAACCUCGAUCAUAAGGAGAGACACAAGAUUAAAUCAAUUUUACCGUUAAAAUCUUAUCAUGCAAUUUCAAUUCUCCGAUGCAUCAUUUUCUCAUUUCAUUCUUAACAGAAUUUGACCAGUAAGUCUGGUAUUUUCAAAAUUCUAAAGACAUGAACUGUGUUCAGGUGUUUUAAAGAUGUUGAGACAGACACAACUGCAUUUGUCGUUAAUUAACACGAUAAUCGUGCAGUGAAGGGCUUUCAUGGUUUAGAAUCUCUCGAUGAGAUUUUGGUUUAUUUUUCUACUUCCAACCGACCCAUCAGAUUAUUUUUCUUUCACCCACACCCACAGGGUCAUCACUAGAUUGUAAAUACUACACACUCCUUGACUCUCAAUAUUUUGUAUUAGAAAUUUUGAAUUCAUGUAAGGAUACGUGUCUUGACGUGCCCCCAGUUAGUGAAGAAUCGAUUCUGCCCCGAGCAGAUCGACCCUUUCCAAGUGCCCUACUCUUUAAUGUUCAAAAUAAUAAAUAAAAAAUGACAAAAAAAUGCAUUUUAAUACUCGAGAUUGAUAGUUAAAUCGUUUUCAAUUGAAGUGUAGUUAUAUUAAAUGAGAAUUUGUGGCAAUGUUGUGAUUCUACAUGUGAUAAUCAUCUUGAUGUUUAGCUUAGGUAAAUCCUACGGGUUUUUUUCAUGAGAUUCAUGAAUGCGUGACAAUUUCCAUAACGAGAAAUUCAUAGAGAAGUCGUAAAACAGUCUGACACGAAACUGGUCAGGCAUUUUAUGACUUCUCUCCUGAUUCUUCUUGAGUAUAAUCACGAGUACAAAAAUCGGAUGAUCCUGAAUGCGUUGGAGUGUCAUUAAAGAAAUAAAUGAAAAAUGAAACAAACUGAGAUAAAUCAAUCGUAUAGAUUUCAAAGUCAAAUGAUAAGUGUUUGAUGUGCCAAAAACUGAUAAAAUUACAAAAAAAAUAUUCGUGUUACCAAUUUUAAAUGUUUAUGAGAAUUAAAGACAAACUGGAGAAUCCAAGAGAAUUAAUCAAACAAUUUACGUAAGAGUGAGAGAUAUACUAGUUUCAGGUGAGCUUCUGACACUGAGAUAACAUUAUUUAUAUACGAGAAAGGGAUUGCACAAUAAUGUUAAAAAAUCCUAGAGAUGGAUUGCACAAUAAAGAGAAGAAUGUUCAGUUCUAAAAAUUGUUCAUUACCGUAUUAUCUCGAUAAAAAAUGAUAAUAGGUGAAAAAGGCGAAUUUUUUCAUUUCACAAAAAUUAUGUCAGUCGAGUUUGUUCAAGAUGACCCAGGUAAUUUUUGUUAUUGAGAUAAUUACGUAAUUAAAACACAUAAUUACUGAAUUUCUUCGUAAAGAGCAGAAUCUUAGUCAUAACUUUGCAAUUAAUGGUCUUUGAGCGUUGUAUCAAUUUUUUAUAUUAUUUAUUUCUAGAGUUGACUCUAGGUGGGACAAUAUUAGACAAAAAUUGAGCACAAGGAGCGAAAAAGCCCUGGAAAAAUUCGUCGAACCAAAAAAAAUAGAAAAAUAAAAUUCGAGUGAAGUAUUUCCUCAUUUGUCAUUAAGUGAAUGUUAUGUAAAUAGCCUGAGAUCAAAUGAUGGAUCUGUAUACUCAUGUUUCUAGUUUAUCCGAAUUCUGGAGACUCAAUAAAGCUGUGAAAUUCAAGGAAGUGUUCCCUCAGUUCGAGGAAAAUGAGUAACUCUUGUUUUUUUCUCAAUUACUUAUUUCGUUAUAUUUCAGAAUUUUCUUCCUAACUAAUUAUAAUUGAACAAUUCGAUUGAACUUUGCUAGACGCUCUCUGGUCAUUGAGAGACUGCGGAUGACGUGAUUGAUGUGCUUCUUGUGCACUUUGAUAAUUUUUGCCAGCAAAGUGGUGGGAGAUAACGGAAUGAGUAGCAAUGACCGUCAGAUUUUUUCCAAAAUCUAUGGAUCACCGGCUCCGCAGAGAAACUCAAAACGUAUCUGAUGAAA